AUGGGGAACAUAUUAGAGUCAUUAAAAAAAUCCGUAUUUCGUCGUCGUGAAGCAAACCACGUUAAUUCUCGUUCCGAACCGGAUAAUCCGGAGCGUCUUCCUGUGGAACAAUUAACGACAAUUGAAGAUGCUGCACAAGAACCUAAUCCACUACCAAUAUUAACAACAACAAUACACACAGUGGCUUCAUCAAACGUAUGUAGUGCUUUUUAUUUGGCAUGUCGUCGCGACAAUUUUGAAGAAGUGCAAAAGUUACUUGAAACCAUGACACUUGAGGAUGUAGAUCGAAUAGAACCAAAUGGUAGCACGGCAUUGCAUACUGCAUGUUACCAUGGUCAUCAUAACAUCGUAAAGUUGUUGUUGGAAGUAGGAGCUAACAGAGCAAUACCGAAUAAUUAUAAUUGUUUACCAUAUGAUGAAGCGAAGAAUGAUGAGAUCAAAGAACUUUUUCUUCGUAUACCGAAUAGUGAUCGACUUGUAUCGAACACUGGUGCUAUUGAAUGGGAAUUAAUUGAUAAUGAUGCUUUGGAAAAAGCAGUGGAAGAACGACAUUUUAUUAAAUCAUUGUAUGAUAACACUACGA